UUCGUCUUCCCUGGUCCUUAUUUCCUUGUACAUUCGGCAAUGGCGAAGGCGAAGCGUAAGAACGAUCCUGACGCCCACCGUAGAGCAGCAGCAGCAGCAGGAGAUGAACAUUCAGUGUAUUUGGAUACCAGUCUCGACACUCAUAUUCUUCUCACCGUCUCCGACUAUGAUACCGUUUCCGACCUCAGAAAAAAGAUUGUCCUUGAGCAUUUAAGGUGUUUUCCAACUUUGGGUCCAAUUAAAAUCCACGCAUUGAAGGUAAAACGAAGAGGAUACUUUUAUCACUUAUCUGAGUCCAUGCUAGUUAAAUACGCUUUUGAAGGUGUUAUGAUAAGGUGGUUUCUUUCUGUUGAUGCUUCUAGUUUGAAUGGGAAGAGCUCAUUAGAACCCGCUUCUUCGAAUGAGAAAGGAUUAGGUGCAGAAUUUGUUCCUGAAGAGACUCUGUUAUGCCCUAUAGACCCUCUGAAAGUCGAGCAACCAAAAGUACCUGCAUCAACUGGAAUUGAUACUAAUGGAAUAGCUAGUGCUACUGCAAAUGAAAAAAGUAUUACCUUCAAAGUGGGUGCUACAAUUGGAUCGAAAGAAAGGAAGCAUACACAAAACCAGCAAUCUAGAGGCCAGGGAAUACUUACUUCACCAGCUUUUCACGAUUCUAGUAAUGCUGACAAGCGUGGUGCAGAAAUUGGUUCUGAAGAUACAGACCCUUCCAAUGAUAAAACUAAGAAGAAGAGAAAAUUGCCAGCAAACAAUGCUAUUUCAAGUCAGGAUGCCUCAGAUAGACAGAAUAAUGAAGUAAAAGUCAAAGAUUCCAAGAACUCAACUCAUGAUGAAAGACCAAGAAAGAGAUCCAAGAAACCUGUUGCUGCAAACCCAAAUCUUUCAAGCAUGGAGGAUGAAAUUGGCAAAGGAAAAAUUGCUAUUGACAAGGUUCAUAAUACUGGUGAGAAAGAGGAAAUUUCAUUUGGUGAUAGUAAAGUUAUUUUGUCGGAGAAGUUUGAUCUUUCACAUCAGAAUGAUACUAAUGGAUAUGUUAAUGAAGCGAAAAGCUCGGCUGAGUUCCUUGGUACCAACAAGGGGACAGAGUCUGAGAAAUCUAACAAUGGAAAAAGACUGAAAAAGAGUAACAAGAAAUAUGUUGUAGUAAAGGAAGAUGCAUUAAGCAUGGAGAGGGACUGCAAAUUGGAAAAUAAAACUGAUGAGAAGAUAGAAGUCCCAAAUGAGAAGGAUCAUGAAAUUAUGCUAUCUGAGGAGGUUGACCCAAAACUGCCGAUUGGAAAAGCAGUGACCACUUUUAAUUCUGAGGCCAACAAGGUCAAAGAAGUUGAAAAUACUACCGGUGAGCAAAGGAAAAAAAUGAAAGCCAAGAAAUCUGUUGCCCUAAAACCUAGUGUAUCAAUCAUGGUGAAUGAUAAUCUUCAAACUGAAAGUUUUCUUACUGAUCACACUAAUAAAACUUUAAAGAAAGAAGAAUCCCACCAUGAAGAUGAUCCUGAUAGACAGAUUAAAGAAGUAGGUUAUGUGGAGCACAAUGAUACCAACAAGGUCAGACCCGUGAAAUCUGACACCCAUAUAACCAAGAAAACGAGAUCUAACAAAGUUGUUUCUGUAAAACCAGUGACAGCAAGUGAGAAGAAUGUUAACCCUAGCAGUGAUGUUCCUGCCACUGACCUCACUUACAAAUCUGAUGAAAGAAUAGAAUUGCCAUAUGAUGAUGAAGCUAUGCUGUCAGAAAGGGGUGAUGCCCCGAUCAAAAAGGAAGCAGAAUCCUUUUUGGCAAAUCAAGUAAUUGAAGCACCCAAAGAAAAUCCGAAGAAUUCAGUGAAUUUAAAGAAGGUAAAAAGGAUGCAGACUUCCUCAAAUGUUAACUUGAAGGAGCAAAGCCCAAUUGAAUCCAUUACAACAGAUGCUGUCAGUAAGGAUGAGAAAGUGGGAAAGAAAAUGAAAAGUCAUCCAUAUUUGCCUUUUGUAGAGAAAGAGGUUGCUAGCCAAGUAUUUAACCCUCAAUCGGUCACAUUUGUAAAGGAAGAAGCAACCGACAUUAAAGAAAAUAGUAAAUCAUUGAAGAGUGACCCCAAGAAUCAGUUGGCUGGAAGAGUACUGAAAGAAGCUGGAUUGACCAAUUCAAAUGGUUUGGAGAUGAGGAGCCCUUCACUCGCAAACCUGAAGCAGAAGAAGAAUGGAGAAAUUAUUAACAGCUCACAAAACAAAAAGAGUUUGUUGGCUAGGCCUGGUACAAUUUUUCUGGAUGCUAGCAGCGAGAGUUCCAAGGAUGAUAAAGGAGAGGAAUCUGCUGAUUCUAGCACCAAGUCUCCAUCAGAUAGUUCCUCUUCAUCAUCAUCAGGAUACAUUGAUGCUAGCAAUUUCAGAUCAAAUUCACAAAGAAAUGAAUCUUUGGGAAUUAAGGGAAAGGAAUCUGGAAGGAAAAAUAUCAAUGAACCAAGGACUCCAGCCUCAAAAAAGUUAAGCUUGGACAUGAUUAUGAAAAGUUCAAGCAUAUUCAAGAAGGCCAGGCUCACCGCAGUUGAAUCGCAACACGAAGAUUCAGAGAGCCACCCUACUGACAUUGUUCCUGAGAAUCAAGUUUAA